GGGGCGGGGUAGGGGCGGGAAUUGACGCUUCGUUGGCGGUCUCGGACACGUCGCGAGGGUCAGAAGUGGAGGGGCUUCUGAAGAGUCCUGGAGGUGUGACGGAUUAAGGAUCUGAGAGAGAGGCACCGGUGGCGGGACUCGAUCUGGAAAGGAUCUUCUGCUGACUCAACUUUUCCUGGGAAAAUGGGCCAUUCCCACAUCAUGGGGAUGAACAUGGAUAUGAGUGGUGGAGACAACAGUACCAUGCCACCUCACCAUCACCCGACCACUUCAUCUGCCCACUCCCAUGAUCACAUGAUGAUGAUGAUGCCUAUGACCUUCUACUUUGGCUUUAAGAACGUGGAACUAUUGUUUUCUGGUUUGGUGAUCAAUACGGCUGGAGAAAUGGCUGGAGCUUUUGUGGCAGUGUUUUUACUAGCCAUGUUCUAUGAAGGACUCAAGAUAGCCCGAGAGGGCCUCCUGCGCAAGUCCCAAGUCAGCAUCCGGUACAAUUCCAUGCCCGUCCCAGGACCAAAUGGAACUAUCCUUAUGGAGACACACAAAACUGUCGGGCAGCAAAUGCUGAGCUUCCCGCAUCUCCUGCAAACAGUGCUGCACAUCAUCCAAGUGGUCAUCAGCUACUUCCUCAUGCUCAUCUUCAUGACCUACAACGGGUACCUCUGCAUUGCUGUAGCGGCCGGGGCGGGCACAGGGUACUUCCUCUUCAGCUGGAAGAAGGCGGUGGUAGUGGAUAUCACAGAGCAUUGCCAUUAACGUCAAAGUCCAUGGUGUGGCCUUAUCGAUUGCAGUGGAAAGCAGUUCAAGACUGGAAGACAGGGUUCCACCUUCUCUUAUCUCCUUACGACACACAUACACCUGCUUAACAGGUUUAGCUUACAGUCUCUGAGCUAAAGUGGUAACUUCCUUCCCCCCACACUUCUUUCCCUAGUGAGCUGAGUUUCCCAUUUCUCUUGAGAAGCCACUCAGGAGAAGUCCUCUCCUCCUUCAUUAUCUUAGAUCUGAGUUAUAUGUUCUUAUCUAAUCUGGGUAGCUUUCUGUUCAAUGGCUGCAUUGCCUGCUUCCUUUUUUUUUUAGUCUUGUGUUCUUUUUUUUCUUUUAAACAGACAGUUUGUGAAUUUGAUGGGUAUUUCCUGGGUUGGUGAUGAAAAUGGGUUAACUUUAGCCAAGAUUGAUGGCAGGCAAGGGAAAGUCUUGCCCAGCUAAACCCAGAACCCAAACAUGUUUUAGUCUUUGGACUCAAUGAUUGGAAGAUAGGUUAUGCUUCCCUAGAUGUGACGUGUUGCACUGAAAUGUUUGUAGGGGGCAGAGAUGGUCUGAGACUGUGUCAAUACAGGCCCAGAACUUGCAGGGCAGUGCAUUCCUGGGUGGCUGACAAUCAACCUAUGUUCCCACUCAACAUUUUAAUUAGAAUGAGCUUGUUAAUCAAGAAAAAAAGGUGACAAUCAAUUUGAGAAAAUAGAUAUUUUAAAAUGAAACCAUUGACAUUUUUACUUUCACUUGGUACCUUAGUAUGUCACAGCUGAAUGAAGCAAGCGUUUAAACAUUUUCUUCUGUUAUUGUUUUCAUGUGUCUGCCUCUAACCAGUGAUUUUCAAACUUUAGCAUGCAUCAGAAAAUCACAUAGCGAGCUUGUUAAAAACCCAGUUGUUGGGCCUCGACCCAGAGCUCCUACAUUGGUAUUUUUAACAAAUUCCCAAGUGAUGCUCCUGCUGAUGAUCAGGGGGCCAUACUUUGAGCAUCUCUGCUUUAAACUAAGGGAGUAUCACCUGGUGGGUGAGCUACCUGGGACUGGGCACGGGAAUUUGAUUUGCUAUUAGUAGGUGGUGUGUCUGGGCUUAACCCAUGUACUAAAUGCUGCUGGUCAAUACUUAAUCAUUCCAUAAACAUUUAUUCAGCUCCAGCUGUGUCUGUGUGCCCAGGCCCACAUGCACGGAAGGGCUGGAGCCAAAGUAACUUUUCUUAGCAUGUAUGAAAUCACUAGUCCUUAUUUUUAAAGAUCUGUAAUUUCUUGGAAGUAGUCUGAAGGUUGAGAAAGACCUUUGAUCUGCAAUGUAAAUCAGCCAGUCUUGGGUUAGAAGGGCAAAAGCCCAGUCAUCUCUUUGAGAGGCUUAGGGUGUGGUUGGCUGAUGGGCAGAUUUUCCUCAGCCCCUACAUCCAAAGGCAUACCAGGCAGAUCCUCAUUCUCUGCAUGACCAUCUUUGUUACUCGGGGUGGGGAGAGCUUAAUUAGAUCACAAGUGGCCAAAAAUUACUUUUCUCAGUGAAGAAUGGUCUUGGAUUUUUAUUCUUGUUAAUCUACACUGCAGUCUUGUUCCCAGUCCAACCUACCUCUGUAUAGUGACUUUUUUGUGCUGGUCUAUUAAAUCCUGCCCUCCUUGGUGCUAGACUCCUUUUGUGCCUCAGGGCAGGAGAGAGAAAACACAGCUAUCCUGUUGGCCUCUGUUGUGGUUUUGAAGUUUGUACUUUCUCUGUUGAUGCCAGUUAAAUAUUGGAGGGCAAGAAAUGUGUACUUGCAUGGCUUUGAACCAAGAGAGGGUUAUAAGUUUACCGGAUCGAGGUUAAAACCUUGAACCAACACUUAUAACUUUAUGUUUUUCUCUCAUUCCAACCCCUUGUAGUGCUGAUACUUAGUAUAAGCAAAGGGAAUGACAGGUACUGAUAAAAAUCCAACAUUAAGGUACAAAUAGCCUGUAUUGUCUCAGAAGCCAAUGAAUAAUAAAACCCUGAGAAAUAAAAUAAGAAUCAAUGUUUAGUAGUAACCCUGGUACUCUCUAGACAUCUUGUCAUGAUCUGCUAUGAAAUAACCUUAUCAGGUUAUUUUCAAGGUAUGAAAAAUCAAGGCCAGUUAAGACAAAAUGCUGUGAAUUUCAAACUCUCAGAGAGAAGCAAUUUGGGAUACGUCUUUGGGUAUUCAAGAUAGUCUCAUGAAAAACCUGAAUUCUGUGAUCUUGAGCUAGGUUGCCAAAGGAAGAAACUAGUGAAGGGAAAAAAGUAAACCUUAAAUUCUGUCUUUCUUGAGCUCUUGGACUGUGUUCAUAUUGAUAAUCUUGUUGAUUUUCAUAUCUAUACCCCUGUUCAUUUAGAAUUUUAGUGCCUGACUUCUUUGUUCCUUUUGGAUGCCAAUUGCUCGUUUCCUCCUGUUCACAAGUGGAAGCUGUAUCACGUGUCUUUGGCCCCUUACUGUCUUUCGGUCUUUUAUCCCAUAUAUCUAGUCUAGUAAUCUCCCUAACCCUCCCAAUGCACUGGACAAUGCUGUGCAGUGGGUUUGGAUAUUGAUAGCAACUGGAAGCUGUAAAACUUGUUCGAGACCCUAAGCACACUUUGAGGAGCAAUUGUCCUGUUGGAAUUUCUAUGAGGCUGGGUAAAGGGCUACCUGGUACUAUCCAUUAAGUUACAAAAUCUUAGGUACCGUCUCCAACCUAUGCCAGAGGAACACUCAGCCCCACACUGCCCACAGACAGAGUCCUCUGUCCACCAGGGAAUCAGAGACUAAAGUUUCUUCACUACUUCUAUGGUAGGGUUGUCUGGAAUUCCCUUUUAGGCUGUGGGGCACUGGUUUGGGGUUCCCUGUAGAAGCUGGAAGGGGAGGUGGUAGGGAGUAUACUUUAUGUCAUUUACUGUUGGUCCUGCCCUCUCCAGCUGCUUCCUUGAGAAGAUACAUCUAAAGAUAUAAAGUCUGCAUUUGAUAUAAUGCCUUAAUCACUGGGUCUACAAUUAAUGUUGACUGUUUUAGAUUGUAAGCUCCUGGAGGGCAGUAUUGCUGUCGUAGGAAUAUUUUAACACUGUCAUGUGCAAAAGAACAAAUAAAUAUUUUGAUUUUGUGAUUCUA